UGCUUGAAAUCCGCAUCAGGCGGCGGAUCAGCGCCUCAAUUACCAUAUCUGGAUUACUUCCACCACCGCCACGAGGCGCGCCUGACUCAGUGAUUGCCUCCGGCUCCGGAAGUAUAUAUUGACUCGGGAGUAAAAACUGCGCGUUUUGCACCCGAACCGCCAUGUCGUACGCCCCGCCCUUUCCAGGACAAUAUGCAGGCAGUCAAUCGAAUCCGCCCACGCCUCACGAGGGUGCGACAUCCACUUGGGAGAGCCUGCAGCAAGCACAAUCGCCGCAACAUCAGCAACAGCAACAGCAGCAACAACAACCACAUUCACAGCCGCAACAGCAACAGCAAGAAGCGCAACAAGAGACACAGCAUCCAGACCUAUCCCCCCACUCCAUAUACCAUACCUCUUUCGAUGAUCCCCUGAGCCAGAGCGGGCUGCCGGACUUCGCGUCCUUCAACCUUCCCCCCAUUCCCCCCAUCACCCUCUCGUCAGGCCCGAGCAAUGAGGCAGAGCCUGGCAGGCCAGCUGAGCCGCGCAGUGACCAAUCUCGUGUGUACACUGCAUCCCUUCCCCCCAUCCCCAAUCUCCCUCCCCCUCCAUCCCUGAGUUCCACCCCGGGCAUGCAGCGGACCUCGCAUGCGUCGCGGAGGCUGCAUCCCUACCAGCGUCCGUCGAGCGUCGCGCCCCGCCAGACACCUACUGUACCCUCACAGCAGCAUGUAAGAUUCGGGCAGGCGGGGCCCAUGCAGAUGCAGUCUCGUCAUCCAUCGUCGAGCUCCUCGUCGGGGACGUCGCCCAUCACAGGGAUCGCGGGACACCUCGCGGCGUCGGGAGUUGUGCAGCAGGCACAACAGAGUGUGCAAGCAACGUCGCCCAUCACACUCCCGAGCGCGCACUUUCCUCCCCUCGCUCAAGGCGGGGACCGAGCCUCGCGCGCUCCAUAUCGUUCACGUCCCCUCGGACUGCGCACCGAAGAGUACUACGAUGAAGGUGCUGGGGAGUACAGCGCCCACCUCGAAGUGCCCGGCGUCCGACGGUCCGACCUCAGCAUCACCCUCGCGAAGAACGCCCACAGCCGCGCGCAAGAGAUCGUCAUUCAAGGUCAACGACAAGACCCCACGUCGGAGGGCAAGCAGACGCGAAUCUGCUCUCGCCUGGUGUACGGGCGGUUUAGGCAGGUGCUGCCAGUGGGGAACGAGGUCAAGGGCGAGGAUAUCGUUGCGAGACUGGCAAAUGGGAUCCUGACUAUCACUGUGCGCGUUGGACCUCCGAUCACGCCGCCGGCGCCGCAGAAUAUCUUGAUUCUCUGAGGGCGAGGUGCGCUGUCUGCCGCCCGGAGCGCGGUUCACAGUGACUCAGGGACGUUCGAGCUACCUUGACCAUCGGGGGUUGGGUCACAUACCGCAAGCGCGAAGGAGGAUCGCCGUGUUUGCGUCCUAAACCGCAACACGCCGUGGUCAUACAAGGCGCAACGCGCCCUUCUGUCAAUCCUCAUACCGACGAUUCCUGUUAAGAGCUCUCUC